UCUAUACUUGAUCGAUCAUCCUCAAGUAUCAGCAGAGAAUAUGGCCGCUUGGUGGUCAUGGAUAGCCAUAAUCUUCACAGCAACUUUAUACACGUCCUUUACAAGAGUGGAGUCCUCCAAUGGCGAUCAGAUCAGCAGCUUGCCGGGGCAACCAGCUAACGUCACUUUCCGGCAAUACUCCGGCUACGUUAAAGUUAACCAGCAAAGGGCUCUUUUCUACUACUUUGUGGAAGCCGAAACUCAGCCAGAUUAUAAGCCACUUGUUCUCUGGUUAAAUGGUGGUCCUGGGUGCUCAUCUGUUGGAGUUGGAGCUUUCGGGGAGCAUGGCCCUUUCCGACCUCGAGGAAGUGUCUUGAUAAAAAAUCCCCACAACUGGAACAAAGAGGCAAACAUGUUGUAUUUGGAAUCCCCUGCAGGAGUUGGGUUCUCAUAUUCUAUCAAUCAAUCCUACUAUGCUUACGUGAAUGAUGAGAUGACAAGUUUUAAUUUGCACCCUUUUCCAAUUUAAUUUGUUCUUACCGUACGUAUGUAAUUACAUACUCCAUAUUAAAUGAUCAAUCAUGUUUGAUGUACACACCCUUGUACACACCUUUUACACAUCAUGUUUGUGAAGUUUUUUUGUCUGUGAACCCGGUUCACAGACAAUAUUUUGUUUGUGCAAAACAUUGUCUAUGAAUCGAUGUUCACAGACAAAAAAAAAGAGCUUUCACAGACAUAGGUGUGUACAAAAGUGUGUAUAAGAGUGUGUACAAACAUCAUUUUUGUUAAACGAUAGGGGUUUGCAUCCAUAAAUUGGGUGCAUUAGCCCAUUGAGUUUGACUAUCGACACCGUCAAUAAUCUAACUUUUUACUCCAUAGUUUAUAAUAAUUUCAUACAUAAUGUUUUUUUAUUCGAUCAAUUGGACUUGUGCUAAGUUUCAGAAUAAGGAAGGUUAUAUUAUUGAUUCUAAUUUACUUUGUAUAUGUUAUCAGGCUAGGGAAUAGUUAUUGUUUAGAAAUAAUUCUGAAUAUAUGACCAAAAUAAUAGUAUGGACAAAAAUGUGACUCGGGUAAAUUCAGUGACUAUAGUGCAUUCAAAUGUUGCAUCACGGAGUAAUAUUUUAGAAAAAAAUCUCUUAUUUAUCAUGUGUCAAAUAUACCCAUAGUUUAAGAAACCUACCUGGCUAGAAUUGUGACAGAGGGAAUUUGUACUACAUUCCUCCCAUAUAUGUUGAAUUUGCUUUUUUAGUUUGGUACAAUUAUUAAUAAAUUGGUUGAAAAUUAAAGCAAAAGUGUGGUUAAAGUUUGAUUACAAUGAGGUAAAAUGAUAUGAAUUGUUCAGAAAAAAGAAACACGAUAUUCAUUUUGGGGCAACCUGAAAAAGAAAGUAAUACAAAUAAAAUUGGACAGGGAUUAGAUCUUAUAAUCUCAUACAGUUUUUACUUUAUUAAUCCACGUGAAAGUCAACUUUGCUCAACCUUUUCGGGACGGAGGGAGUAUGUUUUAUGACAAUAAACGAUAAUAUUCCUAUAUUUGAAACAAAAACAUUGAAACAUGUUUUUUUAUGAAAAUGGAACAGUUUAUAUACUAUAUAAAUAACAUUUUUAACACUUCAGAGCUUUUAAUAUUAAUUAUGCUAUCAAGUUUUUUUAUAUGUCCAAUUUUACUUCAUGAAGUAUAAUCCUUCAUCUCAUGUUGACAGCAAGAGACAAUCUAAUAUUUCUGAAAAGAUGGUUCCACAAGUUCCAAAAUUACCGGGGACGAGAAUUUUUCAUUACUGGAGAGAGUUACGCAGGGCAUUAUGUUCCACAACUUGCUCAGCUCAUCAUACAAUCAAAGGCAAACAUUAAUCUUAAGGGAAUAGCGAUUGGAAACCCUCUUUUGGAGUUCAACACAGAUUUCAAUGCUGUGGGAGAGUAUUGCUGGUCACAUGGAUUAAUAUCAGAUUCUACAUAUGGACUUCUCAAUAGAGUCUGUAACACAUCUACAAUGCGAAGGCAAUUUGAUGAUACUGGAAACCUUACCUCUCAUUGCAAUCAAGUAAAUGAUCAAGUGAAUGCUGAAAUUGGAAGCUAUAUUGAUGUUUAUGAUGUGACCGAAGAUGUCUGUAUUUUCCCACAAUCAACAAAGAUUACUACAUUGAAAAAAGACGUAUGCAUAGAGGAAGAAACCAUUGCGUAUUUUGGUCGCAAAGAUGUGCAAAAAUCUUUACAUGCACGUCUUCAUGGACUGAAUGGUUGGUCUACGUGCAGUGAUGUCUUAAUCUAUGACAUGCAAAAUUUGGAGGUCCCUUCCAUUAACAUUUUAGGUUCCCUUGUCAAGUCUCGUGUUCGCGUAUUGGUUUACAGUGGAGAUCAAGAUUCAGUUAUCCCAUUCACGGGAACUCGGAAAUUGGUUUAUAAAUUGGCAAAGUCUAUUGGAUUGAACACAUCUAUGCCAUACCACCCUUGGUUUGAGGGAGAACAGGUUGGUGGAUGGACACAAAGGUAUGGAGAGUUGCUUUCCUUUGCAACAAUAAGAGGUGCUGGUCAUGAAGCUCCAUUUUCACAGCCUGAGAGGUCACUUGUCUUGUUUCAAUCAUUUCUCGCUGGAACACCAUUUCCUGUUCUCAACACAAGUAGUGGAAGAGCAUUGCAAAUUAGAAGCACAUCAACAAGAUUCACUGGAAAACUAAAUGAUUUGCAUUAAAGUAUAUACUACCUUGGAUGGUGAAGGAAACAAAAAGAUCGAUGGGUGAAGAAAGGAAAUGGUUGAGCUUGUGGUUUAAUCUUCAAGGUAGUCCGUCAUAGAGCUCAACUGGUCGGUGUGUUGAAUCAGAGAUCGAAAUCUGUAUGUAACAAGAAACAACCAAGAAUAUCUCAUCC